GACUUUGGACUGUAACCCAAAUCCUCCCCCCACUCCAAAGGAUGGUGAUAAAAAGACCUGCCCAAACCAGCUGAGGGGGAAUUGAGCGUUGUGACUCUGGAAUAGGGGGGACCAUGGAGAUCUUCAGCAUUCAGCAGUUGGUAAGUGAUGAACGACAUGAGGGGAAAGGGCGAGGUUUUGAGGCCCUCUCCAGAAAUGCAGCCAAAGUGCCAGAAACUUGGCAGCCGGGCCCAGUCGGCGUGUGGGAAGCAGUCAGCAAGGAGAAGCAGAAAGCAGAAGAGGAGAAGAGAAGAAAGCUUGAGACACUCAAUAACUCCAGACUGAAGCUAGACAGCUUGCAGGACUUGGAGGCUAUUAUCAAGCUACGCAAAAACAAGAAAAAAUGGAAGAAGGUGGUCCGCCCCAAGGAACAGGAGCCAGAAAUCAUAACAGAGCCUGUAAACUCAGAACAGUUUCUACAAGCAGCCGUGGAUAACCGGAUUCUCGUGAUCGACAAAUAUCUGGCAGACGGAGGGGACCCCAACGCUCAUGACAAGUUCGCAUGCACUGCCCUGCACCAGGCCUGCCUACGGGGCCAUGCAGAGAUCGUGGAGAAACUACUGGAAGCCAGGGCCAAACUGGAACCAAGAGACAUGCUGGAUGCGACGCCAGUGUUCUGGGCGUGUCGUGGGGGACACCUGGAGAUCCUCAAGUGCCUGAUCAACAGGGGAGCCAAGAUCUCCACAAGGGACAAGCUCUGGAGCACCCCACUGCACGUGGCCGUCCGGACAGGGCACUGUGACUGUGCCGAGCAUCUAAUUGCCUGCGGGGCAAACAUCAAUGCACAAGACAAGGAAGGAGACACACCCAUUCACGACGCAGUCCGGCUGGGACGUUUCAAGGCUGUGAAGAUGCUGCUGAUGUAUGGCGCCAACCUCAACAUCCAGAAUGAGGAGGCCGUGACUCCGGUGGACCUGGUGAAGGACUGGCAGACGGGCAUCCGAGCAACGCUGCAGGAGUGCGCUGACCGGCAGCAUCUCUCCGCCAGGAACUGAUGAGUGUGGAGGGGCUUCGGGGGUGGGAUGC